AUGGUCAACAACUUCAACCAGUGGGAUGGCAAAGUCCUACCCCCUUCCGCUUUUGCCCACGUUGUCCUCCGAACGAACAACUUGCCGCGAAUGAGGGCCUUUUAUAUCGAGUUUCUCGGCGCGCGUGUUGUUCACGAAAACGACUCUCUUACAUUUAUUACCUAUGACGACGAACACCACCGCCUGGCGCUCGUCCAGCAUCCGGACCUGAGUCCCAAAGUAAAAGCAAGCUGUGGCGUGGACCACUUUGCCUACGCCUACAGCACUCUCUCCGACUUGCUCCUGUCCUAUAGACACCGGCAAAGGGGUGGCAUGCUGCCCUUCUGGUCCGUCAACCACGGCCCAACCAUUAGUCUCUAUUAUAAAGACCCGGAUGGCAACGUCAUCGAGCUGCAGGCGGACAAUUUCGACACCAACCACGAGACGGAUGCGUUUAUGAAGAGUGCAUCUUUUGCAGAGAACCCCGUGGGGACGGAUGUCGAUCCUGAAGAUCUCAUCAGGCGGCUUGAGAGUGGCGAGAGCGAGGUGGUGCUAAAGAGACGGGUGGAGAUUGGGCCAAGAAGCAAAGGCCCGGGAUCGGAUUGA